UAUAAAUUUAGUAUUUCAGGGGGGUUAUAAGGAAAAUUCCUGAAUCGCGCAUCGAUCUUAAUCCCUAAUAAUAAACUCGAGGGGGAUUUUUGUUCUCUCUCAUUCGAAAAGUUGAAAUACCCACGAAUCAAAGGACCAAAUGGGGGGAUUUGUGAGGAUUUGCCUUCAGUCGCUGCUGAAGCUGGUGAAUUCUUUGAUUGGGUUUGUUGGAUUGGGGAUGAUUCUCUACUCUCUUUGGAUGAUUAGGGUUUGGUACAAGCACACGGGUAGCUUCUGGGAUGAUUCUCAUCCUCCAUGGUUUAUCUACACUUUCCUUGGCCUUGGAGUUUCCUUGUGUUUGAUAACUUGCUCUGGUCAUAUUGCUGCAGAAACCACUAAUGGUCAUUGCCUUUCUUGUUACAUGGUAUUUGUCUUUUUGCUCAUUAUGCUGGAGGCUGCUGUAACCGCAGACAUAUUUUUGAAUAGGAACUGGGAAGAGGAUUUCCCAAAGGAUGAUACAGGGAGAUUCAACGAGUUGAAGAAUUUUGUGAAAUCAAACUUUGAAAUGUGCAAAUGGAUUGGCUUGGGUAUCGUUGGUGUACAGGCGUUCUCUAUCUUCCUAGCUAUGGUUCUCAGAGCUCUUGGUCCAGACCAGGGCAGCUUCUACGACAGCGACGAUGAGUACGUACCUGCAAGGCUCCCACUCCUCAGAAACCAGGUGCAGUACACCCCAUAUGUUAUCGAUCCGCAUCCUGCGGUCCGUAAUGAUUCUUGGACCACGAGAAUAAAAGAAAAGGUUAGCAGAGGUUAAGUCUCUUCAAAGGGUUCACUUGGGGGUACCUCAUGAUGUUCCAUGAUAUUUCACUGUGUACAUACGUAUCAUGUAGUUUGGAAUGUACUAUCGUGCUCUGUGGAGGAGAUUACAUGCUUUAAAUGUUAGAUUGGUUGUUUUAUUAACUAUGAUGAAAUUGUUACGUGUAUAGCAUUUUAGUAGAUAAAGAAAACGAAGGCGAGAAAUCUGAUCUCCCUGCUUUAUAGUAUUGCAGAAAUUGUCAUUGAUGUUUAAAGGUUUAUGCUUGGCACGAGUUGCUUCA